GAACGUGACUCCCGAGAAUUAAAGAAGCACAAAUAAUCUUAGUUAUAACACUCACGGAAGCUGCCAAAACAGUAAGUUACAUUAUUAAACAUUUUAUACAACCAUAUAAUUUCACUCAAAGGUCAAAUAUACUCAAGUCAAUGCGUGUUUCACACAAACGAUAGCGCGUUGUUUAUAUUUUUCAAUUUGAAUGUAAGCCUGGCUGUACUGCUAACUGUCCUGGGUUUGGCCUACUGAAAUUAUUUUUAUGUUUUCUACCUUACAACUAAUUUGGUCCACGUUCUUUUGAGCAAGACAUUGAUAAUGUUAACUAUUUAGCCAAUUGCCCUUACCUGAAACCUGGCCACACCAAAGAUUCUGUUAACUUUCCCAAUUUGUUUGUGGCAAUACCUUGCCAGCCACCUCAGUACAUUUUUGGCGGUUUCUUUUUAUUGUUACAAUACUAACUAACAAUUAUAGAACUCUCUUCCAGUAUCAACAGCCAUUCUCGCCUACAUUGUAACGAUGUUACUUUAUCGUUCUCAAGUCAAUGUUUCGAGCAUAGUACAUAGCCUUUUAGGAUUUACAAUUUACCGUUCUCACCAGGGUUUUAAGUAUGUCCAUUAGGAAAAUUAAACCUGGGAAUAAAUCCUGAGUACGUCAAGGUAAAGCAAAUAAUGUAAUGUUAGGCCAGUCAAUCCCGGUCUAAUGCACUGUGAUCAAUAGCGCGCAGCAGAUUAGUCACUUUGACAUUGUAUGGCACUAGUCCAAUUCACUGCUGCUACAUGUGCCAUUUGCGCUCAUCAAAAAGACAAACCACAACGUGCUUGGGUAUACUACAUAUACCUUCUCGAUAAAAUAACCUGUAGUAUACAUUUAUCACCUCAUCUCCUUGUGGGACAAUGUUUACGAUAGAUGGCCAAUACGAAAUGUAAACGCAACACUUUUGACUGGAUAGUUAUAAAAAAUCAUCUCCACAGUUAGGCCUUAAUGGUGAAAGGAGUUGGCUCUUAUUUGAGUGAUUUCUUGACGGUCAAAUGUGUAUUUGUUUGUGGCCGACGGCUUUUAUAAAGAGCGCCCCGAUUUUUCCCUUGCGGUUUGAAUUGUUAACGCCUCGAUCAGACCGAAAGUUAUUGCGUUUUGGAACAUCAGAAGUAUUCAUUCAUUCAUUUCCAAUGGAUCGCGGUUUGCCUUGCACCAUUGUGUUGCAGUGUGUUCUGUGGCGCAUACGUUGGAAAACCAAUUUAUGCUUAGACUUGAAAAAUAUUUUAAAAGGUUCAUGUUGAACUUAUUGCACACAACAAAAAAUGUAGGAUUAGGUAAUGAUUGACUGCAGAAUGUAUUACACAGUAUUGAUUGAUGCAAUGACUGUCAGUCUGAUCAAGGUCUAAGUCCUGCGAAUGACAGGCGAGUAUGAUCAAAUCAACGGUACUAAACCAAAGAUGCAGUAACCGGUUUUAAAGCAAUGAUUUUAGUGUCAUCUUGACAACCUUUAUAUUAACAUCACCAGUCUGAUGUUGAAAAUGCAAGCUUGUGUUAGGUAGUAACAAAAUGUCCACUCAGGGGAAAUUAGCCCAGCGUAAAAUUUUAACAUGGCAAAAUAAUUUAACAUGUACAUUUUGGGUGAUACACUAUAUAUACAUACAAGUAUGUGUACACCCUUUCAAAUUAGUGGAUUUGGCUAUUUAAGCCAAAUCGUUGCUGACCGGUGUAUAAAAUGGAGCACACAGCCAUGCACUCUCCAUAGUCCAGUCAAAUGUCUGCCCUGCUAGAGCUGCCCUGGUCAACUAAGUGCUGUUAUUGUGAAGUGGAAACGUCUAGGAGCAACAACGGCUCAGCCGUGAAGUGGUAGGCCACACAAUCUCUCAGAACAGGACCGCGGAGUGCUGAAGCGGGUAAAAAUCCUCUGUCCUCUGCAACACUCAUUACAAAGUUCCAAACUGCCUCUGGAAGCAACAUUGGCGCAAGAACUGUUCGUCGGGUAGCUUCAUGAAAUGGGUUUCCAUGGCCGAGCAACUGCACAAAGGCCUACAAACACCUUGUGCAAUGCCAAGCAUCGGCUGGAGAGGUGUAAAGCUUGCCGCCGCCUCUGGAGCAGUGGAAACGCGUUCUCUGGAGUGAUGAAUCACGCUUCACCAUCUGGCAGUCCGACAGACAAAUCUGGGUUUGGACGGAUGCCAUGAGAACGCUACCUGACCCGACUGCAAAGUGGCAACUGUAAAAUUUGGUUGAGGAAUAAACAUCUGGGGCUGUUUUUCAUGGUUCGGGACUAGGCCCCUUUAGUUCCAGUGAAGGGAAAUCUUAACGCUACACCAUACAAUGAUAUUCUAGACGAUUCUGUGCUUUCAACUUUAUGGCAACCGUUUGGGGAAGGCCAUUUCCUGUUUCAGCGUGACAAUUCCCCUGUGCACAAAGCGAGGUCCAUACAGAAAUGGUUUGUCAAUUUAACUGGGUGCUUAAGACUAGUUUCUAUGGAACAGUGUUUCACAGACUUUGCCCUAGCACUACACAGCUGAUUCGACUAAUCAAUCUGUUUAUUUAAAUCCGCUGUAGGGCUAAAACCAAAACAUGCACCCCUUGUGGUCCCCAGGACAGUUUGGGAAACCUGGUUCUAUAAUGUCUGUGCAGCUGCCUGAACGUUCGCAGUCGCUGUUACAAACAAAAUAUGUUUGUUUUUUACAUGCCUGUCACAAUUUCUUUAAAAGUUGAUCAUAACAAAUGCCUCCAUUGGCAGGAAUGAGGAAAUGCACGGUGUACAAAACAUUAGGAACACCUACCUAAAAUUGAGUUGUAACCCCUUUUGCCCUCAGAACAGGGACAUGGACUGUACAAGGUUGUCAAAAGUGUUCCACAGGGAUGGUGGCCCAAAUCGACUCUAAUGCUUCUUGCCCAGUCACCCUCUGAAUGGCACACAUACACACAUACUCAAGGCUUAAAAAUCCUUUAACCUGUCUCCUCCCUUUAUCCACACUGAAGUGGAUUUAGCAGGCGAUAUCAAUAAGGGGUCAUAGCUUUCACCUGGUCAGUCUGUCAUGGGAAGAGCAGGUGUUCCUAGUGUUUUGUACACUGUGUAUAUCAUGUUACAUUCUGGGAUUAAUGUUUAAUUUUGGUCACCCCAUGCCUGUUCAACAUCUAGCUAAAUGUAUGCGCUGUCUGCUUGUCAGCCAAUAAUACCUGGCAUUACUAGAGCUAGCAUGCAGCAGACUGUCAAGUUAAUGAACUAAAUAUUAUGUGCGAGGCAUACACAUUUUGCGAGGCAAUGUAGCUCAGUUGGUAGAACAUGGCGCUUGCAGCGCCAGGGUUGUGGGUUCGUUUCCCACGGGGGGGCCAGUAUGAAAAUGUAUGCACUCACUAACUGUAAGUCGCUCUGGAUAAGAGCGUCUGCUAAAUGACUAAAAUGUAAAAUUUAACUGAAGAGACCUUACAAGUGGGUAACAUGCCUUGAACAGUGAACCCACAUCCUUCAAAUUAAUUAUUGUCCCCGCACACACACCUUGGAAUUGGGGGGGGGGGGAGAAGCGGGGGAAGGAGAGUAACUAAUGCCUCACUGAUUCUGUUUUGCGUGUAAUCACAUGAACACUCACUUGUACAGUUUUUAUUAAUUACUUUUAAAUGUAAAGCUCAAACUGUACCGUACAAUACUUUUCACAUGUAAUUAUUAAUUUGGAAUGUGGAGGUGUUGACUUCAUAUGCGUUUCUAUUUUAGAGCUUUUUUUGGUGGAUCCAUUCAAGACAUGGGACCCACAAGGAAAACCCUGCAAGUCCUCCAGCCUUCUGCAGUCAAUAAAAACCUAGGCAGAGUAAUACUGGUAUGCAAUGGGAAUUUGUCACCGACGUUGCUGUAUUUGGUUAACUAUAGUGUAUCGGUAAAAUGUCUACCACCAGCCACUGCUGUGCGGGGUCAUGUAAUUAUACGUUUUCAUGUGUUCAGACUGGAAAGGUGGUUCCCAAAAGGAAGCGGUGGAACGCAGAACAAGUGAAGGGCUCAAAGAGGGUGAAAGCUGAAGUUGCUGUCACAUCAACAAAAACAGAGGAUGACAAUCGACCCGACGGCGUUACCAAGGAGACCUACGAGCUAAUGGUCAAAGGUAUGUUGGUAUUCAAAGCGUUACAAGGACAAAUGGUUUCAUAGAUGGUCCUUGGCCCAUUUAUCCCAACAAUGUUUCAUCAACAUAGACAAAAUGUGAGCCAAGUCCAUGUUCAUUAUCAUAAUCCCAUAGAAUUGACUUUUUUAUUAUUAUUGAGCUACGAUCUUCUGUUUGUUCAGUAGUUUAAUUGAAAUGGCCUACCCCCUCCGUUUCAGAAACCCCUCCCUCCUCCUACUGGAAAGCGGUAGCCGAGGAGAGGCGUAAAGCUCUCUACAACGUACUCCAGGAGAAUGAGAAGGUCAGUUAAUCACUGAAGGGCUGCUGACUAAUGUUUAGUCAACUUGUCCUGUUCCCACGGUGCAAAAUGAGUCAAUCUCACAGUCUCUGGCAACACUCCAGGUGGAACAAUGGGUGUUGGUCUGUGAACCAUCCAUAUCUCUGAAACCAUUAAUCUCGUGGAAUUCUGCCCCAUGUCCUUUUUUUGGGGGGCCUUGGCGCAUAGAGUGGAAUUAUUUUAGCCAUUGAUUUAAGCUGAUAACGUUUAACAUUUUAGCGGAUUAUGAAGUCUGUGAAACUACCUUUUUUUUUUAUCUGCCAUGUUCUGAGUGACUUUAUCACCUUGUUUGAGCAGUUGCACAAAAGCAUCGAGGCCAAGGAUGAGCAGAUAGCCCAGUUAAAGACCGAGAAUGAUGAGCUUCAGGAACUGGCCCAACAUGUACAGCACAUGGCUGACAUGAUAGAGGUGAGAGCUGGGAAUUUGAUGCCCACAAACUUUUAUUUUCCAUGUAUUUGAGGUCUAUGGUGGAUGCUUUUAAACUUAAGGUAGCUUGUGAUGUUCAAAGCUAAUAUUCUGCUAUCUCCUCUCAGAGGUUAACAGGAAAGAGUCCGGAAAGUCUAGAAGACCUGCGAGAGAUCGCGCUUGGUGCCGAUGAUGAGGAACUAGAAGAAUCUGAUGAUGACCUCACACCCAGGUCGGAUGUCUUGGAUGUCACAGAAGAUGAGGUCACAGAACAACAGGAAGAUGAACGCUCAGGGGAGGAUGAUUGAGUGACUGAACCUUUGACUGUACUAGUGAAAUCCCUUCAGGAGAUGCCUGUGCUUCUCACUUGAAGUGUUAUGGACUCAACAUUCUGGCAUUGACGCCUGUAGUUACUUUAUAUAUUUUCUUAGCUUAACAUCUGAGGUACUUGUGCCCUACUUGCGUAAGAUUUUUUACUUUGAUCAACCACAACCUUUUUACCUUGCAGCUAUGAGAAGAGGUGCUUCCCUCAUAAUUGUUUAAUCCCUUUUUAUUCGUAUAUAUCUUUUUUUUAAAUAACUUUGCUGUUGACUUUUUAAUGUAAUUUGUUGGUAUUCAUUUAAAUUUAGGAUUUUGUUAUGGCGCUGUUGUAAUGCACUCUGUACAUAUCCUUCAGGACUGUCCUAUGAAAUAAAUGCCUUUUAUUUUGUAAUAACUGAGCGAGCACACAUUGAAUAUCCCUUUG